UAUUUUCUGAUAUCACCUUCAAUAAUCAUUCUUUCACAAACUUCUUUCUUUUUCUUUAUCAUCUUUCUACUUCAUAAUAGUUAUGAAGAAACUGUAUAAAUACCAUUUCAUAAAGAAGAAGCCGAGAAGAAUUAACCCAAAUUAAGCAAAAUACCAUUGCAUAUCAUCACCCAAAUUAAGCAAAAUCCCAGAUGGCCUCUCAAUCAAUCUUCAGUUCAGAAUCCGACCAAGACCAUUGGGUCAUCCGAAUCAAUCAAAUGGUGAGUGAAACCCACAACUCAAUCUUGAAAAAAAUACCUGUUUGCAUAUACCAUGUUCCCAAAUCUUUGAGCUCUGCCAAACCAGAAGCAUUUUCUCCCCAACUUAUAGCCAUUGGUCCAUACACCCACUUUCGCCCUGAGCUCUAUCCCAUGGAAAGGUUCAAGAUUUUUGCUGCCAAAGCGGUUCUGGACCACUUCAACAAACACGACCUUAAACAAGUAGUCGAAGAAUUCCGCCACACAGCAACCUUCAUCCGUGCUAGUUACCACAAAUACUUGGACCUCAAAGAUGAAACCUUGUUAUACUCCAUGGCCAUUGAUGCUUUGUUCUUGUUGAAUUUCUACCACAACUAUCUCAAUGAGAAACUAUCUGGCUCUUUCAUGAUGGGAAUAGAAGACCCACUUCAGUUAUCUGGUGUGAAGCUAGCUAGGGAUGCCACCAUAAGGGACAUCCUCAUGGUGGAGAACCAAAUUCCAACCUACUCGUUGUUGAAGAUCUUGCUGUUUGAAAGCUCCGAACCUGCUCAUUCUGUUCAAGAGUACUUGGGUUCGAUGCUCUUGUCAUUCUGUCAUCAACACUCUCCUCUUAAGUUUACUCACACCAUCACUUGCUCUGAAGCUGUAUCAAAGCAUCACCAUGUCUUGGAUCUCAUGUACCAUUUGGUUGUCUCUCACGCCGUAAAGGCUGAAACACCGAUACCUGAACAAGGCGAAGGUACUUCUGCUGCAGUCCAGAAAAGCUCAAAUUAUGAAGCCAUGGCAAUUUCCUUUAAGAAAGUUAAAGGUGUAUUAACAUGGACAGUAGACUCUUUGAACAAGCUGAAGGACGUGAAUAUUCCUUUUGUGAAACCCGUUAAACGACACCUAGAUCCAGUGCUAAAAGUUUCCUCUCAACUUGAUACUCUUUCAUCUCAUCCAAAACUUUCUGAAGAAGAAGAAGAAGAAGAAGAAGAAGAAGAAGAAGAUGUAGCUCCUAUGAUUAUCAACAUUCCUUGUGUGCGUGAACUUCAUUCAGCCGGGGUCUGUUUCAAACCUGUGGAAGGUGGCAACAUGGCCAUUGAAUUUGACGAAACUAAGGGCAUAUUUUACCUCCCUGUGGUGAAACUGGACGUGAACUCUGAAGUGAUAAUGAGAAACCUUGUGGCUUACGAGGCCUUGACCCAACCAGACUUUCUCAUCUUCACGAGGUACACAGAACUUAUGAGGGCAAUCGUAGACACUGUGGAGGAUGUGAAGCUGCUGAUGAAGGCAGGAAUCAUAGAGUCAGGUAGCACUCUCACUGUGGAAGAAACUGAGGAACUAUUCAACGGAAUGAGCAAAUCCAUUGGACCCACCAAAACACACAAGUUAGAUGAGACUAUCAAUAAAGUGAACAAGUACUACCAUGAUAAGAGGAAGGCCAACUUCUUCAAGGCCUCAACGGAUUAUGUGUACAGGUCGUGGAAGUUCUUCACACUUCUUGCCACCUUUGUUCUCUUGGCCAUGACGGCCAUUGAAACGUUUUGCGUAGCUUAUGAUUGUCAUAGGUAUUUUGCACCCGAAUGAUGUUGUCAUUUUCUUUUCUACUUUUGCUAGAGCUUGCUGGGAGUGUAUCAUGUUUCUGCAAAAUAAAAAGUACAGCUCAAGUAAGACCUUCAUAGAAUGUUAGGCAAUACCUUCAUAGAAUAUUGACAAUGUACGUUUUAACACAGUUUUUUUCAUAAUAUUUUAAUACAGCACACUUAUUAAUUUUU